AUGGGGUUUUCUUCGUCUUGCAACUCUUCGGAAUCAUUUCCGUUACCGUCGUCGAACUUCGCUUCGCUUCCGAUUAUGGCGAUGAAGAAGAGAAUCAUUGAGAAAAUCCUCGAGAAUCGUGUCACUCUCAUCGUUGGAGAGCCGGGUUGCGGGAAGAGUUCGCAAGUUCCACAAUUCCUUCUUGAAGCGAACAUGGCACCGAUUUUGUGUACACAGCCAAGGAGAUUUGCGGUUGUAGCCGUUGCUAAGAUGGUUGCAAAAUCUCGAAACUCUGAUUUAGGUGAAGAAAUUGGUUACCACAUAGGACAUUCAAAGAUAUUGAGUGAAGGAUCAAAAAUUCUGUUCAAAACUGCUGGAGUUCUUUUGGAUGAAAUGCUAGACAAGGGGUUAAAUGCACUUAAGUACAAGGUUAUUAUCCUUGACGAAGUGCACGAACGAUCUGUGGAGUCUGAUCUUGUUCUUGUCUGUGUUAAGCAGUUUCUUAUUAAAAAUAAUGACCUCAGGGUGGUCUUAAUGUCUGCAACUGCGGAUAUAACAAGGUACAGAGACUACUUUAAAGAACUUGGCAGGGGUGAACGGGUAGAAGUGGUUGCUAUUCCUAGCCCUGACCAGAGAACUAUUUUCCAGAGAAGAGUAUUAUAUCUUGAGCAGGUUGCAGGAUUGCUUGGUGUGAGUUCUGAUUUGUCAGCUUACUGUCCUGGUCCAAGUCCUUCAGCUGAUACAGAAAUCAAACCUGUACUGCAGAAUCUUAUUCAUAAUCUCAUCUUAUAUAUUCAUGAAAAGGAACCAGACAUGGAGAAGAGUAUUUUGGUUUUCCUUCCAACAUACUAUUCACUUGAGCAGCAGUGGUAUCAAUUGGAACCCUUUCGCGCAUCUUUUGAAGUUCACAUAUUGCACCGAAGCAUUGACACUGAGCAAGCCCUGGCGUCUAUGAAGAUAUGCAGAUCCCGUCGCAAGGUAAUACUGGCUACAAAUAUUGCGGAAUCUUCGGUAACAAUACCCAAAGUAGCCUAUGUCAUUGACUCAUGCCGGUCUCUGGAAGUGUUCUGGGAUGCAUCCAGGAAAAGAGAUGCAGUUCAGCUUGUUUGGGUCUCUAGAUCUCAGGCUGAGCAACGUAGAGGGAGGACUGGUCGAACAUGUGAUGGUGAGGUGUAUCGCCUGGUGCCGAGUGCAUUCUUCAACAAGCUUGAAGAACAUGAGCCCCCAGCUAUUCUUAAAUUGUCAUUGAGACAACAAGUUCUCCAUAUAUGCUGCACAGAAUCCAGAGCCAUUAAUGAUGCAAAUGUGUUGCUGGCAAAAGCUAUGGAUCCACCAACCCCAGACGUUGUUGGUGACGCAUUGAAUAUGCUAUUAAGCAUACGAGCAUUGCGUAAAUCGUCUAGGGGACGCUACGAACCCACAUUUUAUGGGCGGUUGCUUGCUAGCUUCCCAUUGUCCUUUGAUGCAUCCAUUCUCGCUGUCAAGUUUGGUGAAUUGGGAAUGCUAAGAGAAGGGAUUCUGUUAGGUGUCAUGAUGGAUACCCAACCGCUUCCUAUCAGUCAUCCUUUUGGAGAUGAUUCACUGUUUCUGGAGUAUGUUGACCACUAUUUCGGUGGAGAUGGCAGCAAGACCAUUUCUGGUGGUCGAAGGGAGGUGGUACUCAUGGCAAACCUAUGUGCUUUUCAGUUUUGGCAGCGUGUCUUUAAGGAUAAGCAUCGUCUUGAAAACUUGAAAAAUCUUCUGUGGAAGGAGAAAGACACAGAUCUCAAGUUGAUGUUACCUGAGAUUGAACAAGAGUGGUGUGAUCUCCACAAUGUUGUCCGGUCAUCGUUCUAUCAUGUAUCUGAGCUGUAUGAAGAUACACUUGGCUUAUUUCAUCGUUUCAGACCUCAGUUCAUCAGUUCUUCUGAUUCUCUACCGACCUAUUACAAUCCAUAUGAAUUUGGUCACACAUGCUAUGUCGAGUGCCAACCCUCUGAGGAUAGAUAUCCACACUCUGAAGAUGAAGAAAACAAUCAACCACCCCAGGAAGUAAGAAAAUGUGUAUCAGUUCCGUUUGUUCCUCCUAACUCAUUCCAAGCUAAUGCUAUUGCGAAAAACAUGGCCCAUAUUAUCAAAGAGAUAAGAACUCAGUUCACACCAUCUGAUAAUGACCAUGGAGCAAUCGAAACUGAGGAUUACGCUGAGGAUGGAGAGGUCCCAGUCUGUGUAUAUUUUCUUAAUGGAUCUUGCAACCGAGGUAACCAAUGCACGUUCUCUCAUACUUUUCAGUCAACAAGACCAGCCUGCAAAUUUUUCGCGUCAUUGCAGGGAUGUCGAAAUGGAGAAUUCUGUUUAUAUUCCCAUGUCAUGCAAAAACAGAAAACAUCAUACUAUUCUCCUCCACCAUGCCUUCCAGAAGAAGAUGACUCUUCCAUAUCGCCUCUUCUGGAUUUAUUUCCAACUUCAUCCGAGGGAUGUAUCCUUGUCUUCGAUGACUCUAACAUGCGUUUCACCUCAAGUAUUGCGAACCGUUAUCCGUCCUGGAGAAUACUCUCCACGUCAUCUUCUUCAGAGACGCUUUUCUGUGAUUCAUCACUUGCAGACACAAGAAUUUUCUGGGGUCUCAAUCAUCCCUACCAAACCAUCAUCUCAGAAGCAGGAGGGGAGAACCCAAUCCCAUGGAAUGAAGUGAAAUGCGUGUUGUGGUUCCUUAACCCAGACAGCUACGCCGAAACUCCUGAGAAACAGAAAGCUAUUCUGCAGAAGUUCUUCGAGUACAUGGCAAUCAGAAUACUAGGCGAUGCACUGUACGAAAUCCGAGUAGUUCUCACUAUGAACAACAUCAGAUUCUCACACUUACAGGUUGAGAAGCUAGCCAGAGAGAGCUUCUUCUUCCUUGGAGAGUCGUUCCCGCACAAUUCAGUAAGCUUUGGUGAAUUCUCAGACACAUUCCCCAACCACAAGCCUAUGCUAGUCUCCAAACCAAUCUCCUAUGUCUUUAAUCUCCAUCCGCCUACUGACAUCCAGUUUGGUGAUUACACCUCUGUUCUUCACAAAUCUCUUCACAGCAAAUGA